CAUCGUGAUAGAAUUUGAUCCAUUUUGAUUUUUAUGGUUUAAAGCUGAAACUUGAAAGUCAGAAAACACUGCAAAUCGCGAUUUAAUUGCGUGUGUGAUUGUAAUGUUGCCAUUCUCGACGCCGAAGCAGCUAACCCUCGCCAUCUGCGGUUUUCUCACCGGCAUCGCCUGCAUCGCCGUCGGGGCCCAUCUCUCUUUCUCCAAUAUCGCUCCUCAGCAGGCCCGAGUCCAGGCCCGCAACGAAUACGUCAAAGCUCGUCUCAGAAAACUCUUCCAAGAUUAACCCCUAAAAUCUGCUCUUUUUGAAGAGUAUCUUGAAAGUAACUUCUUUUCAGAUGGAGGCUACAGUAAACUUUCUUAUGGUAUCUGAACGAGAGUGUUUUAUUACGUGAUGAUUUUGGAUAUGCCACCACAUCAUUUAGCUGGUUUCAAUGCUGUCUUGUUUGAAGACACUGCCACCACCAUCAACAACCAGUUAUUAUUCUUCCCCUGGUCCACAAGGUGAUUCAGUUGAGAAUACCCCAAGGUCAAGUGCUCAACCCUCUCAAACUAUUGACCUUACUCGAGAAUACACUCUUGCAGUCCAAACAAGUUCGUAUGGUGAGAUUCGCAGAACCUUUGACCAAGACAGCUCUUUUGACCAAACUGUAGAUAGUGGAGAUUUGGACGGCAUUGAGGGAGGUCAGUUGUUGGAACAGGUUCUUCAACCAAGCCGUGAGUGUGUUCAAGAGACACUUUCCAUUAUUAGGCCCAGCCCACUUACUGAUCUUGUUGCUACGUACUUUGAACAUAGUGAGCAAACUUCCCGUUUAUGCUUCCUUCUCUACCAGAAAGUCCGCCAGGCUCGCCUCGCAUAUGCUCCUAUACACGAUCUUCUUGAUGACCUUCCUCUGGAGUUUGAUUCAGACUCAUAUUCCCUCCCUGAUUCCCAGUGCAACUUGGCAUAUAAUGUCUUUCUCCAGUUUGAUUGUCUUGAAAAUCCCUUCCUCUCUCAUGCUUCACAGAACUUUGAUGAUAUGCGCCAGCGCUUCUCCCAGCUCACUCAUGAGCUUGAUCAUCAUCCAGUAAAGCCAAGGUCAAGGGUUCAUCUCCCACACUUUCGUUCAGCAGGAUCUGCCUUCUGUUUGAUUGCAGCUGCUGUUGGUGUGGCCAUAACAGCCGUAGCAAUAGCUACCCAUGCUCUAGUUGCCCUUGCUGGAAGCCCUUUAUGUUUUGCUCUUUUCCCUUAUAAUAUGAUUAAGAAAGAAAGGGGUAACCUUGUUCAGCUUGAUGAGGCAUCAAGAAGUGCUUAUGUAUUGCUCAGAGAUCUAGAUACCAUUGAUCGCCUGGUUGCCCAUCUACUUGCUGAUGUUGAAAACGACAAGUUCUCUAUUCAUCAUGCACUGGAGAGGGACAUGGACAAGUAUCUCAUUCAGGAGAUACUGAAGCAGCUCCGGAGAAACCGUCCAAGUUUUAUGGAACGCCUUGCAUAUCUCGAGGACAAUUUGUUUCUGUGUUUUGCUGCAAUAAAUCGGACCAGAUCACGAAUUCUUCAAAAACUGCAUCAACUUCCUGACUGAUUGCACCAGAGCAAGAUAAAACUGUCUAGGAAGGUUUUCGUGACACCACUACUCAUGCCAAUGGCCCUAGUAUUGGUCUGUGCCAACUGCACAGGCUUCGCCUCACGGAAAAACUUGUGGUGUGUCAUGAGUCUAGUUUUGUAUCAGGUGAAUAUCGAGGAACCAGCUUCCAUCUGCCUAGCACUGAUCUUCUGAUUUCGCAGAACACUUUGAAUGUGAUGAUAGAUUCCACUUGAAUAUCAACUUAUGAUAUUGUACUGUGUAGGACAGCAUGGCUGCCGUUUCACGUGCAAGAUUUUGAUUACAAAACUUACUGCAGGAGAACCUCAAGAAGAUCUAUGAACCUAUUCUGCCAGCAUGUUGCAGCUCAUCUAGGUUGGAGAAAUGAUGAUUUUAUUAAUACAGUUUUGGAAGUUGGUUGUUAGUCUGCGAACCUGAUUGUCUCGACGCGGUGUUGUGGAGAGAUUAUUGCUUUGUGGACUUCCCCUUUCGAAGGUGUGCAUUAUCAGUUAUGCAAAUAACAUAUUCAAGACCAGUUUUGUAGCAUUCCUUAAUGAUAGAUAGGUUAGAUUCAUCUCUUCUUUUUCAAGCACACUUUGAUAAUAUUGGCCAUUUUUCUGUUUCACAUGAUGAAUAGGCACGAUUCUUGAAAUUCUAGCAAUAGGUCUGAAAUUGUAGUUGAAGACUUUGAUUCGAAAUAAAUGGUUAAAGUUAUUUGGGACCA